AUGACAAUCCAUCUUCUCAUUCUCAGUGUUCAGCUCUCCUUCGUCUUGCGGCAGCCGUGCUUAAUAAGCAAUAGCUUGGUAAUUGCUGCUGUCGGCCCACUUCGUUGUUUUGACACCAGCUACACACAUUCACGGAAGCGACCCACGACCACACCACUUAAGCGCUGCAACACCAAGAGUCGAUUCUCCACACGCAGACGAAGUCCGCAUCAGUGUGCUGUGUGCAGGAUCCCGAGCAGUCGGAACCUCGGGCGGGCAUCGACAAUCGAGCUUAUCGCCUCUAGCGGGGUCCUUACCAGCAGACUGACAGAACAGUUACCACGGUGCCGUCAUUUUCUGAGUUGGCAGGCAACAGCCAGAAACGCCCGAGCUCGCCGUCUCAGACGCCCAAUCGACGGCCGACCUGCGUUGGGUGCCGGAGCGACGAAACAUAUUGAACCCUGGACCUUAACCCUGCCCAAA